GAAGAGAGGAGGAGUCAGCAAUGAUUGACAUGAUUUCGGAAAGCGAACCAGACUCCACUGUGGUCGAGUAAAACUAACAAGCUAUCGAGGUACAGCCAUAACACCGUGUGUCACUGUGAUUUUUACGCGAUAUCGUGUAAAACUUUGUCCUCGGUUCAAGUCAUCGUCGCGGAUCAGCGUGUGGAACGCGUAAAGGAUGUGUAUUCAUCCAUGAUUUUCGCUUUUUUGCCAUUCGCGCGGAGUUGAUAAUGAUUAGGAUGAAGCUGCCCAUGAGAACGGCGGAGGAAGGAGGGGAUGACACGGCCGAGGAGGAACAUGAAAAAACGGAUUGCAAUCUCCGUAUUCCCAGCUCGGUUUCCAACAGGUUCGAGGAUUCCACGGGUGGAUUGGGAUAUCCCCUGCUUCAACUGGAUAAAGAGGCCGUUUUCGAGUGGUUUGGCUUGCAUUUGAAUCCGGCCAAGCGAAUAGAGUUCAUGUGUGGAUUGCUCCAUAUGUGCCAGCCGCUGGAGCUCCGCUUUUUGGGCUCCUGCCUAGAGGACCUUGCACGGAAAGAUUUCCACGUCCUACGGGACUUUGAGACCAGAGCUAACAGUCCAAACGACCUAGGCCUUCUGACGGACGUUACCGACCCUGUCGUUCGGUCGAAACUGCUAGUUUGUCUGUCUCUUUUGGGAUCCGAAAACAGGGAGUGUGCGGGAAUACUGUUUCGAAUAUUGAGCUAUGUGGAUUCUGCUUUGUACUUCAAAAACUAUGACUUUCCACUUUCACCGUAUAGGGACUCUGAGCACUUCCAGAAUUCCCAAAGUGAGGAGGGAGAUGAGACGGGGAGGUCAGGGCAUCGUUGCGGGCCUCCACUGGAGGCAGGGUCCGGUGCGCUCGAACAGUUGGCGCUGCUUUUUACGAUGGCCUCCUUACACCCAGCGUUCCCCUUUCACCAGAGAGAAACUGUCAGGAUACAACUGGAUAAAGUCAAUGCCGCAGUCGAGGAAGAACGGCAGCACUACGAACACCGCACCAACGCCCUGCAGGCCAAGGUUCCCAAACCGGACUACCUCCCCCCCGGCUCCGAGAGCAGCCUGCGGGAACGCGCACAGCCCCCCCGCGCUGGCCCGCCCCCCCGCGCUGGCCCGCCCCCGGCCAGAGCCCCACAGAGGGAGGCGGUGCACAUAGAGAGGAUCGUGCUGAAGAGGAUCACCAGGAGAGGGACCCACAAGGAGUACGGCUUUGAGGUGAAAUGGUCAGACUCCACUUCCACCAACGUCACUAAGACGCACCGCGAGCUGGAGGACUUUCUGUUAAAGCUCCCCCAGGAGAGGGCCUCUGAGGCCUUCGAGAGGGGCAUCCGGACCCUGCUGCGCCAGGGAGACCCGCAGGAGGGCCGGGAGCUGGAGAGGACCCUGAGGGAGAAGUUCCUUUCGGCGCCUCUGGAUUUUCGUCGGACUGGGAGAGUGUGCUCCUUCUUCCUCUCCGACCCCUUAAAGGACAACUGCAGCCACUGUAACACCACGCCCCCAGGUCUGCCAGCCGAGCGCUUUAAAGAGGAGGACUGCUCCGAGACGUCCAGCCAGGAGGAGGAUCCGGAGCCGUACGUACCCAGCCUCCGCAAGAAGCACGGCAACAAGAGCCCCAGCCUGAGCGCUCCCGGUGCCAGGAGCUCCCAGGUGGAGGGCCGCAGGACGUCCCGCUCGGAGCUCAGCGGCCCCGGGGACUGGAGGAGGGGGGGCUCGGAGCCCCACGGAGCAGCACCCCCACAGCACUCCGCUGAUGACAAACGGAACGGUCCGCCUGGAAACAAGAGCAGAGGGAGGACACUGGCGACUGACAGGGAGAAAGGGAGGAGGGGAGAUGGGAGAGGGGGUGCUGUGUGUAAUGGUCUUGUAAGACCGCCCCCCCCAGCGUCGACUGUGAGACCCCCACCUGGGAAAGACUGUCCCGGGAAUGGCGGUUCGGGACAGGACACUUUCGGGGAGACGUCCUCGGAGAGCUACAGCUCCCCGUCCAGCCCGCAGCACGACGGGAGGGAGAGCCUGGAGAGCGAGGAGGAAGAGGAGGAGGAGGAGGAAGAAGAGGACAAAGACCGAGACACGGACAGCACCUCCGACGACUUCCUGUCCUGCAGAGCGGUGGGCGGAGCCUCAGCGGGGCCCCUGGGUGUGUCGAGGUUCCCCCCCCUCCCCGUGCUGCAGCCCCCGCCCCACGCGGCCCAAAACGGGGUCCCCCCCGGGAGCGAUGGCGAGAGACCCCCGGAAGCCCCCGCGGCCCAGCCCCUGGUGCAGCGCUUUAAGACGGGCCCCUGUCCGCAGGCGGGGUCAAAGGUGGGCGGCCCCGCCCCUCUCCCGCCCGCCAUGGGCCCCGCCCCCGCCCCCGUCUCCUCCCACCCCCCCGGCCCCGCCCCCGAAGCGCCCCCGGCCCCCUUCAGCCCCUCUGGCCCGCCAGUGACAGAGCCCGCCCCCCCGGCCCCCUCCUCCUUCUCUGUCCCCGCCCCCCCCGCGCCCGUCGUACUGCCCCCGGGCGGGGCCACGGGACUAGCCCCUCCCCCUGCCGGCCCCGGCCCCGCCCCCAGCCCGAGCCCCGCCCUCACCCACGUCGCCGACAGCCCCGCCUACAUCAGCGGCGCCGCCCCUGUGGGCGGGGGCUCCUCCCAGGCCCCGCCCCCUCAACCGGCCCCGCCCCCUCCUCACCAGCCAAUGGGCUGCGGCGCCUGCGGUUGCCGCGGCAGCUGCGGGGGCGGGGGUGGGGGCGGGGGCGGCGGCCACGCCCCGCCCAGCUACUUCUUCGCGCCCCAGCUGGCGCGGCAGGUCUUCGGGGUGCCGCCCCUCUUCCACCUGACCUCGCUGUGCGCCGGCGUGACCACCGGGGGCAGCAGCUACCUCAGCCAGGCCCUGCAGAGCAACGGCCACGCCCACCUGCCCUUCUACCCCUACGGCGGCGCGGCCGCGCCCCUGCUGCCCCCCCCGCCCGCCCCGGGCGAGGCCCACCUGCCCUACGGCCUGCAGCAGGUGGCCGCCUUCAGCCGCUUCUACCCGCCCGUCUUCCCCUCGCUGGCCCUGGUGCCCGGGGCGGGCGUGGCGGGCGCCAAGAAGAACGGCAGCGUGUCCUGCUACAACUGCGGCGUCAGCGGACACUUCGCCCAGGACUGCAAGCAGCCCGCCAUCGACGCCGGCCAGCAAGCUUGGUUACGACACUGAAAUGUAGAAGACAAUUUCAACUUUAAUUUCUCAUCUUUUCAGACCCUCCUCAUAAGGUAAUGUUCACUGCGCUGCUGAUUGGCUUUUAAAUGCGUCAGCCGCUGAGCACUAUGGGAUUGAAUUAGCGCAUUUAGUCGAUACGUCUUGUGACGUCAUUUCCAUAGUAACCUGAAGCCCAGCGUGGAGACGUUGAGCUACCAAUAGAUGAUGUAAACUUGUAAUUCUGACACAUCGCUGGGACUAUAUAUUUAGCCUAGGAAAAGUGCAAACGGAAAUAUUUAUGUCACUAUAAAAUAGCUUGACAUCAAAUUGAAGUCUCAUUACUAAAACAUAAUGGCAAACGUUUUACCUGUCCAAGUAAUGCAUGUAGAAUGUGCUAUAUUCUUUGCCUUUUCUGAAUUUUCUUUUUCCGAAUACUGCCAAUUUUUGGUCAGGCUAUUAAAUGUCAAUUCCGCAUUCAGAAUAUUACUUCAUCCACUUUCACGUUUAACGUAUGUUAUUAGUCCUAGCAUGUACAUGAUACCAUGCUAUUAUUGUUUCCAAAUAAAGAGCCGUUUUGGCCGUCGAGGUUUUACCGCUAGAGGGCCUUAAAGUGUCACCUAAGCAUCCUCGCCUCUGUCUUUCAGGCGGAUUUCGGCUGAAGUACGUCGCGCCCCACUCCUCCGAAGGACUCGACAAAACGGAGUGAGGCCGCGGGAGACCACAACGGCGUUUCCUCGCUCGACGGAAAAUAAAGAUUCCAGAGACCCGAUGUUUUAAGGGGUGUUUCUUUUUUCUUAAUUUCUAUUAAAUUUUUAGAAUGUGCUUUAAAUGCCCCGGCAGAACUGUAUACGAACACUGCGCCUGUUCUCGACUGGGGGGAAAUGCCAUCGUUUCCAUGGAGAGUUCCUUCUGCGGCCUCUGGUGUUUUGCACUGAACACAGGCUUGGGCGCCACCUAGUGUUUACUAACUUAUUUUCUUAAAUUGUUUAAACAAAAAAAGAACGAAAGAAAUAAGGCAUCUUUGUGGAUGCUUGGUGAUUUUUUUGAUCUUAGAUAUAAAGAAAGGACCUAGGGAGGACUGGGAUUAUUAAAGGGUUUUUUUUUUUUGUGGGUUUAUUUUUUACUAUUGAAUAUUUAUGCUUCCUAUCUUCUCGUUUCUAUAAGAACAUUUCCGCUUUUGUAUUCGAGUCCCCACGAGUCGGCACAAUUUAAUUUAGCGUUUGCGGAGGAUUCACCGACAGCUCACUUAAUAGCGAACCCUGCUUGUACAGAAAACACAAAUUUAUUUCUGUCGUCCUUUGAACUUUGGAGGAAAUAUUGAAGGAGACCGCUUUAGAAUUUAAAAAUGCAUAGGAUUUUUUAAAAACAAAACCAUUGUUUUAAGGACUUUGUUAGAGCAGCUAAUUGUUUAAAUGCAUUUUAAAAUAUUUAUUCAAAAAUUGAGAAAGAGCGAGUGUGAAUUUCCUGUUUGUACAGGAGAAUACAGAAACUCCAUCGAUUUCUCUGUAGUUGUUUUGGUUUAAACGGCGAGGAAAAUCAUUUGUAAUGCUUUUCUUUUUUCCUUUCGAAGAUAUGUAUUUAAAUCUCUGAUUCGUAUUUUCCCGAUCGAUGUUUUGAAUGUACGUUAACCAGUUUUUUCAACGACUUGAGGAAUAAGGCAGCUUCUUGAAAAUGCCAUGUGUAAUCGUUUCAGAAGCAUUUUGCCCUCUGAUAUAAUGUGAAGACCAGUCAUAAGACGUUAUUUUUCAUACCUGUGUCGGGUAAUUUCCUCGAAUGCUGCGGUCUAACUUUCCCCGUUAGGAAUAUACACUACAGCAGGAAAAGCCAGUCCUGGAGCCGCUUGUUUACGCCAUUUUGGAUCCUACCCUUAAUCGCCGUCUUUAGGACCGGACUUAAUGUAAAUCAAUUAUGUAUAGCUCUAUACAUGUACAUUUGUGCAUUUCAGUAUUUUGCUGUGAAAUAGCUGGGUAUUGGCUCAGAGGUGUAAAAGCCAGAUUCGGAAAGUAAAAGUCCUCCCCAGUAAGCUAAUUACCCCAAUUCUUCAGCCAGGACUUAGAACUAAUUAUUGAAAUCAACUGGCUGAGCUCAUGGGUGAAAGAAACACGUGGCGCGACUUUUUACCUUCUGACCCCUGGACUUUUGCAGCUCAGGGUAUAGGGCAAAGAAAAUAUGCGAUAUGUCACUUACAGCUAAGAGUUGUAUUGGCUGGCCUAAAGUUGGAGUGAAAACAAGCUUCCGCAUUUUUCCAGGAAACAAGUUUAACCCCCCUGCACUAUAACUACCAGAUUUUUUUUUUUUGUUUGUUUAAAUUUUUUUUUCUUUUGUUUGUUUGUUUUUCUCCAUCCUCAAGUGCACUGAUGUGAUGAAUGGAGCCAGGCCUGUUCUGGUGCAUUCCGUCUGGUCUUCCUUCCGCCACUCCCUACAGUCACCACAGGGGGCAGUGUGGAGCCUCACUGUGGAGGAAACUUUAGGCCACAGAAUUUUGGUCCACUGGGGAUGUAAAAAAAAAUAAAAAAUAAAAUGUAGAAGGAUAGGUUUUCCCUCUUACUGCAGCGAUUCGACUUUGGCUGUGUCACGCAUGCUAGUGUAUACAUGUACACACACACAAUACUCGGGCAGGUCAUACAGUAAUUAGCAUUGUGGUCCGAGGGAGUAUGAAUGUUAUGAACUCAUUGACAAAUUGACUGAUGAAGCCAAUGAGAUGAGUCCUGUUUGUUGGGUCAGUGUCUGUCCCUAAUGGUUCAGUAGCAUUUAGUGCAUUCUGUUCCAUACAGAUAUAACUGGUGUCUACAGCCUGUGUGUGUGUGUGUGUGUGUGCGCACUGAAAAUGUAGUAUAAAGCCAAUUAACAUCGCCUGUGUUGAGUUUUGAGGGGUUUUUGAUCUGCAGUAUUUUCUAAAAGAUGAUUUUUCCCACUGAAGCAGCUCGUGCAAACCCUUCCCGUUUGUGGUGAAAGAGAAUGCAAAAAUGGAUCUUUCGUGUUGAUGUUUAAAAAGUGAGUAAUGUGGAGUUUAUUUUCAUGAAAAAUAUGGAUACGUUGCGUGGAUGAUGUAGUGUACAUGACCUGCUCAUGUAGGUUGAUGUGUACACGACCUGCUCCUAUAGGAUGAUGUAGUGUACAUGACCUGCUCCUAUAGGAUGAUGUAGUGUACAUGACCUGCUCCUAUAGGAUGAUGUAGUGUACAUGACCUGCUCAUAUAGGAUGAUGUAGUGUACAUGACCUGCUCAUGUAGGUUGAUGUUGUGUACAUGACCUGCUCCUAUAGGAUGAUGUAGUGUACAUUACCUGCUCCUGUAGGUUGAUGUAGUAUACAUACCUUGCUCCUGACGGCCGUGUUCGUUGAAUGCCUUUAAGGUUUAAAAUGCUGUACUGUAUAUAUGGGGGUAUGAUGCUACCCCCAGUGGUAUGUUUACUGUAUUCUUUGAUAUCUAAAUGUUAUUCUGUACUGGAAAAAAGGUCAAAUAUAUUUCUAGAACAAAUUUGGAUUUUAUGUAAAUUGACUUUUUUUUUUUCUGGAAUUGACAGCAAUAAAUAAAAUUGUAAAAAAGAAAA